AUGAAGCAUUCUACACCUUUCCAUAAAGUUAUUGCUAGAAAUAAGGGGAUUUUUUCCGGACAGAAUUUUUUAAUUUCGUCCGAUUCAAUCAAUUGGAUCCAUAGUUAUUCAUUAUCGAUAAAUUCAUCAGGACAAUUAUAUUCAAAUGAUGAAAAUGAUACUCAUUAUUUGCUUUUACAAUCGUUACAAUCAUGUUACGUUCAGAUCUAUCCAACGUUGAAUGUUUCGAAUCCAUCAAAUCAUACUUCUAAGAAAAAAUUACUGAAAAAAUCAAGUAAUGGAUCACUUAAUAAUACAUCAAAUACAACCACUCUGCCUAAAAACAAUAAUGGGAAUUCAAACAAUGCCAAUGCCCAUGAUGAGCCUCCGGUUAUUUUUAUUAAAACUUAUGAUAAUGAAAAAAUUUAUAUCAAAGUACCUUCCAAAAGUAAUUUUGGUAAUUUAAUUAGUUCAUUAAUAGUUUGGCAAUCUUUAAAACCAGCUGGUUUGGUGAAGAAAUGGUAUUGUGAUAAUAAAGUUUUUGAAUCAACUAGCUCUUCAAGUACUCCUCAUGAAUUAUUGGUUUGUCGUUAUAAAAUUUAUGGUCCAAUUCCAUCAAAACAAAAAAAUUUAAAAAUUGUUCCUGGUCCAAAAGCUCCAAUUUAUCAAGCAAAUAUCUUUGAUUCGAGUAAUUUUGAAUCCUUAACUGAUCUUGACUCAAAUAAUAACAAUCACCAUCAUCAAUCUCAUCAACAAAGUUCAAAUCUUGAUAAUAUUAAUGAAGGCUGGUUUUAUACAAUGGGGGUUUUGAAAAGUAAUGGUAUGUUAAAUUUUAUUAGUGAAUUAGAUGGUACUCUUCUUUAUUCAAUUGAUAUUAAAUCAAUGAUGUCUUCGGAAAUUAGAGAAGUUCAUCAUUCUAUCUUUGAUAGUUCAAAUAUUUUAUUCAUUGGUCAAAUCAAAGAAUUACGUUGGAACAAUAUUAUAAAAUCAAUCAGUACUACUAAUUCUGAUCUAUUGGCUCCUCACAAUGCCUUUUUAACUAAAGACUGUAAACCAAUUCAUUCAAACCAAAGAAUCUUGAUUGAAUUUCCUUUACAUAUUGAUCUAGAAGAUUGGUUUGUUGGUUUAAACUAUUUUGCUAAACGUGAAUAUAUUGGUUCUUUUAAUGAAAAAUCUUCUCUUAAAUUAAAUCCUCCCUUUUCCAAUAUUGCUCCCUCAUCAAACAUUAGAAAAAAUUCAACCAUAAGUUUAAAUAAUGAUGAUAAUGAUAGUACUAUUAAUGAUACUACCUUUAGUUCUUUUAAUUCAUCCGGACGUGCUUCAAAUCCGGCUACUCCAACAGCUUCUUCUUUUAGUUUUGCCAAUAAUCAAAGUUUAUUAGAUCAACCUUUAAAUCAAUCUUCAAAUCAAUCUUCUUCCACUAAUUUAUUACCUCCUUUGAGUGAUUAUUCAAAAGAUAAUUUUAGAGUUUCUAAAAAAGUUGGUAUAGAUAUUAUUGAAGCUAAAUUUGAUGAAGAACCUUUGAAAAAUGGUAAAAUUUAUGCAGAAGUGGUUAUGUGGGGGUUACCUUGGUCAAGAACUGCCAUGGUUAAUUAUUCAAUCAAUCCUUUUUGGAAAGAAGAAUUUUCAACUGAUUUACCUAUUCUGACUCAAAUCGUUCAUAUCUUAAUUAAAAAGUGUUCUUCCAAUAAUAAUACUUAUUCUUCAAAAGAUAAAUUAAUUGGUACAGUUUAUAUUACUCCUGAUAUCUUAAUAAAACAAUUAAAUACUAAUUCAACCAUGAUGAUGUCGGGUUCUGCUGGUAAUAAUGGUAUUAAUGGUGGUAAUCUAAUUAAUACUUCAUCUAUCGGUAAUGAUAUUGUUAGAUUAUCAAUUUAUGACUCAACCAAUUUACCAAUUGGUAAAUUAUUACUUACAGUUAAUUUAAAAGAAUAUCAUAUUUUAAGUCCUUCAAAUUUUAAAACUUUAGAAAGUAUGUUAUUAAAUGCUCCAAUGAAAGACCUUAUUAAAUAUUGUAAUGAUAAUGUACCAACAUCAGACUUUGAAAAUGUUAGUUUAAUAAUGUUAGAUAUUUUCCAAAGCUUAGGUAUUGAAGAUAAAUGGUUUAAAUCUUUAAUGGAAGUUGAAUUAGUUAAUGUUGAUAAAAUGACUAGAAAAAAUUACGUUAAUAGAAAUAAUCCAACUUCUUCAAGUUCAAAUAAUGUUUUCAAUACCUUAUUUAGAGGUUCUUCAAUUUUUUCAAAAUCUUUAGAAAAAUAUAAUUUAAGAAUUGGUCAAGAAUAUCUUGAAAAAGUUUUUGGUGAUUUUUUCAGUAAAGUAAGUGAAGAAAAUAAAAGUUGUGAAGUUGAUCCAAGAUAUGUUAGAUUACAAGAAAAAGCUGAAAGAAAGGGUAAAACUACUGACUCUUUAGAAAAUGGAAGUGAUGAUAGUGAUGAUGAUAGUGAUGGUUAUGACUCAGAUGUUGAAAAAGAACGUGAAAUCAAAAUCAAAUCGAUGGUUGAAGAAAAUUUUAAUAAUUUAUAUCAUUACGCUGAAGAAAUUUGGAAUAAAAUUUAUAUCACUUCUAAUGAUUUACCACAACAAAUUAAAAUUCAACUUAAAAAUUUUAGAACAAAAGUUGAUUUAGCUUGUGAUCCUGAUGAUAAGGUGACCGCAUUAAAUUGUUUAAGUGCUUUUAUUUUCUUAAGAUUUUUCUGUCCAGCUAUUUUAAAUCCAAAGUUAUUUUAUUUAACUAAGAAUCAUCAAACUGGUAAAACUCAAAGAACUUUAACAUUAAUUGCUAAAAUUCUAUUAAAUUUAGCCAAUAGACAAGAAUUUAGUCCUCAUAAAGAACCUCAUUUAGUUAAAAUGAAUCGUUUCUUAAAAGAACAUCAUGAUGAUAUUUAUGAUUACUUUGAUAAAAUCACUGGGCGUAAAAAUGAUUUUAAUGAAAAAAUCUUAGAUUUAAGUCAUGAAGUUAAGAGAUUUGAUUUAGGAUUGAGUGGAGACUCAACUUCUAAUGAAUUACCAACUACUCCAUAUUUAAUUGAUAAAUAUUUAAGAUUAACCCAAUUUAUUCAUUUAUUAAACUUAAAAGGGGCUAAUUUACAUCAUCAUUCAUCUUCUAUUUCAUCGAUUAAUAAUACCUCGACUAAUAAUGGAACCAACGGUAAUGGAAAUGGGAAUUAUUUAUUACCAACUACUUCAUCAGGUAACAAGAUCAGUUCAUCUAAUUCUUCAAUUAGCAUUAGUACUACGUUAUCAGCUAACGAAAGCGUUUCAACGCUGCAACAACCCCCACAACAACUGCAACAACUGCAACAACUGCAACAACUGCAACAACAACUGCAACAACAACAAGCUCGAGGAUCAAUUAAUUCACAGAAUCAAUUGAACAACAACAGCAGUAGUUUGUUCCAUCAAAGAGAUAGCUCAAGAGAAAGUAAUGGAGAUAUUCAUAUCAAUAACGAGAAAAAUGUUUACCAAAUUGGAUCUUUAGAAUUUGAAAAACUGGAAUUCUUAGAUUUAGUCGGAGAUAAUGAAACUGAAGGAUUUAUUAAAUCACUUUGUAGAAGUAAUGAAAAUAUUUUUUCAUUUAUAACUUCAAAUAUUACAUUAAAAGAUAUUCAAAAACAAAGUACUAAUUUAAUGAACAAAAUAAGUGAUUUAUUAAUUGAAUUAGAAUUACCUGAAUAUCCAGAAAAUUUCCAAAAUGAUCAAUUAAUGUGGGAUUCGUUUACAAUCGAUAUCUUAUCAAGAGCUUAUCUCGACACUUCAAGAAAUGCAAUUGUCUUUUACGAUUCCCAUUUUCAAGAUGGUAUCCCUCAUAAUUAUAAAAAAAUUACUGAUAAUGCCCUUGGUUUACUAAAAUUGAAAUUUCAAGAUAUAAAUUUUGAUAAUGACUCUUCCAAUAAUACCACGGAUAUUAAUUUUAACAGCUCUAACUCUUUGGGUUCAGUAACGAAAACUACUAAAAACCCCUUUAAAAAAUGGUUAAGAAGAAAUUAA